AUGUAUUCUAUACAGAGAAAUCAAUUCUACACCAUAGUGACCUCAAAUGAGAGUGUCCUUCAUCUGCGUUGCAAGAAGAAAUGUGGAUGGUCUCUAAGGGGUACCAGGACAAGUGAGCACUCGCGUGGCUUCACCAUAGUCACAUACAAAUGCCCGCAUCGGGAGAACUGUGUUACCGAAUUACUAUCUAAUGAUCACCCACACUUGGAUUCGUCCAUAAUAUCUGAGUUUGUGAAGUCCUUUGUGCAGAAAGAUCCAACUCUAAAAGUUGAAUUCAUUCAGGAACUCAUCUCCAAGCAAUUCCAUUUUGAAGUUCCGUAUAAAAGAGCAUGGUAUGCCAAGGACAAAGCCAUCACUCAAAUUUUUGGGGAUUGGGAGAGUUCUUACAGCAGACUUCCUCAGUUCAUGCAAGCACUGCAACAAUCAAACCAGGGAACCGUAGUCAUAUGGAAACACAAAGCUCUAGUGGAGGGUAGGUAUACCAGCAACAUGGAAGUAUUUGAACGAGUGUUUUGGGAAUUUGGUCCUUGUAUCGAUGGUUUCAAACAUUGUAUGCCUGUUAUCUGUAUCGAUGGGACGCACUUGUACGGGAAGUAUAAAGGAACACUUUUGGUUGCUACAGGUGUGGAUGGAAACUUCCAAGUAUUUCCACUAGCAUUUGCGUUGGUUGAGGGGGAAAACAUUUCAAGCUGGUCUUGGUUUAUGAGCUGUCUUCGGGAUAGAGUUACGCAACGAGAUGGCUUGUGUGUUAUAUCUGAUCGACAUGCAGGGAUUAUUGCAGCAAUGAAUGAUCCUAACAUUGGAUUCACUCAACCCCGAGCCUACCACAGGUUUUGUGUUCGUCACUUGGCUUCAAACUUGAAAUCUCACGUGCGAAGCACCAUCACGAGAGAUACGUUCAAGGCUGCUGCGUACCAAAGACAAGAAAGAAAACUGCAAGCUGACUUGUUUUCGAUUGGUCAAGCAUGUACGAAAUUGUUACAGUAUAUUGCCCAAGUGCCGUUUCCUACGUGGUCUUUGUUUCACGACGGUGGUCGCAGACAUGGGAUAUGUACAACAAACUUCUCUGAGACAUUUAACAAUGUUUUGAAAGGUGCUCGGUUCAUGCCAGUUAUGUCCCUUGUUGAGUUAACUUUCCACAAAGUUAACAGGUACUUCACCUUAAGAAGAGAAUCUGCUGAGACCAGGGCCGAAUAA